UCAGGUUUGGAGUGAAACAACGACACAUUGUACGAAGCUAGAAGCUGCUGCGCCACUUCAUCUAACGGACUCUUAUGUUCGUCAGUGAGUCAAAAACACUAUCUUUAUUUUUUGGUGGGGGUUCCAAACUCGUGAGAGAGACAUUUUCUACCUCUUGCUUGAGUCUUCAACGACUUGACCCGCGGGAUUCAGUGGAGGCAGCUCGUGCUCGUGCGAGGUUUGAUGGUGGAAGAUUAACUUAAAGUUGAGCUUUAGCAGCAUAAAUGACCGAGCUGUUCCAGCCGUGACCACAGAGAGAGAGAGAGAGAGCAGAGAGAGAGAGAGAGAGAGCGCGAGAGCAGAGAGAGGAGUGGGACGGACUUGGAUGUUAUUCAGCGGUUCCCGGUGCAACUGUAAACAUCUGAAAUCAAAUCAGCAAACAAGCAAACAUGACCAAGAAACUAUGUGGGACCAAUUACCCGACCAGCAUCUGCUUCAUAGUGGUGAAUGAGUUCUGCGAACGCUUUUCCUACUAUGGCAUGAAAGCGGUGCUGACACUCUAUUUCCUCUCCUACCUCAAAUGGGACAAGGACCUCUCCACUGCCAUCUACCAUGCCUUCAGCAGCCUCUGCUACUUCACACCCAUCCUGGGAGCUCUCAUCGCUGACUCCUGGCUUGGAAAAUACAAGACCAUCAUCUACCUCUCCAUCGUCUAUGUGAUCGGCCAUAUCGUCAAGUCAGUUGGAGCCAUUCGUGUGGGAGACAGCACUGUGCACAUUGCUUUGUCCAUGGUGGGUUUGAUACUCAUAGCCUUCGGCACCGGAGGAAUCAAACCAUGCGUUGCAGCGUUUGGAGGAGACCAGUUUGAUGAGGAACAUACAACUGAGAGGCAGAAAGGCUCCCGCUGGACCCUUCAAGCCACCAGAAUGAACAUGGCUUUUGGAGAAGCCUUUGUUAUUAAGCCAGAUCAAAUGCAGAUGUUGAACGCUCUGCUGAUUCUUAUUUUUGUGCCCAUCUUUGACCUCGGCAUAUAUCCGCUCAUUGGCCUCUGCAGAAUCAACCUCACGCCUUUGAGGAAAAUUGCUGCUGGGAUGGUUUUUGCAGCUUUUGCCUUUAUAGCAGCCACAAUUGUGGAGGUGAACGUUGUGAAAACAGUAGUGGAUCCUGCACCUGCAGGACAUUGUCUCCUGCAGACCUUUAACUUGGCAAAAGGUGAUAUCAACGUGAUCAUUCCUGACAAUGACCUGUAUCCAGAGCCAAUCCCAUAUCUUCAGGAUCCUCCUCAAUAUAAAACGCUUGCACUGGGGACGUCCAGCAAGAAUUUAACAAUACAGGUGACUUUCAAUGGAACAGCCUCAGACUGUAAACAGUAUUUUAAGCAACAAAAGGCCUACAGUCUCAUCUUCUACACUGAGCCUACUGGAAUUCAAUGCAAACUUGUGGAAGACUUCAUUAAGAAAAAUGAAGAUGGGAAUCCUCGUGUGAGGUUCCUCAACACACAGCCAGAAGCAUUUAACCUAACUGUUGGAGAUGUGACUUUCCCUGUGCCCUCGGGUCACAGUAUGUCUGAAAACAAGACUGUGGAGCGGGGAGAUUACUCAUCUGUCAGCUGCAGCCCCCUAGCAGAGAAGUGCUCAACUCUGGACCUGGGCCUGCUGGACUUUGGAGCGUCCUACACCAUCAUACUCACCGAGGUAUUGGAUAAGUUUGACGCUAAGAAGAUGGUGGACGUGAAUGCCAACAACGUGCACAUUGCCUGGCAGAUCCCUCAGUACACCCUCAUAACUGCUGGAGAGGUCAUGUUCUCCAUCACAGGCCUGGAGUUCUCCUACUCACAGGCUCCAGCCAACAUGAAAUCAGUCCUGCAGGCUGGCUGGCUGCUCACUGUUGCUUUUGGGAACGUGAUAGUGCUAAUUGUGGCCGAGGGGGCAGGGCUGGAACAGUGGAAAGAGUUCCUGCUGUUUGCCGGCCUGCUGUUGGGCGUCUGCAUCAUCUUCUCCAUCAUGGCCUCCUUCUACACCUACGUUGACCCCGAUCAGCUGCAAAAGAUGCACCUGGAGGAUACAGGGAAGGAGGAAGGUGAUGAUGCUAAUGAUGAUGAUGAGAAGAAAAAUCAUAAUGGCAUCCAGCUGGACAAGACGAGAAAGUCCACUCGUUUUUAAAGUAUUGAGUCAGACACAUUUGUUUUUUGUGGUUUUUUUUAAUGUACAUUUUUUUUUGUAAAAAUGAAGCCCUAAGUCCAGUAUUUGCUUUUGACAUCAUAGUAUAUUUUGUGAAAUGUGUAACAGUCCAGUCCCUUCAAAAUGUAUCAGUGUACCAGUGUCAUAUUGUUUAAAAGGCAGCGUUAAGUGAUCAAUAAUGAUUUACAACGCUGUAGAUAUUUGUCGCAUAUUAACAUCAUGUCAAGUUUUUCUGUGACGCUAAAUAAUAAUCAUAACACUUAUUAACUAAACAUAGAGGAGUGGUUUAAAGUUUACAAUGUGUACCUUUAAUAAUAUUGAAGAAACUGUGGUUUUGCACAUUGUAACCAAUAGUUAUUCAGCAUCAUGUAACAUUAGAGCCAACUAUUAUACAGCUUUUAUUCUUUAAAGAAGUUUUUUUUUUGUAAUUUAAGUGACGCAGCAACUUUCAUUUGUGUUAUUUUACUAUUGAUCUUCUUGUUUUAGAGUUCUUGAACAUGUUGCCAAGAAAGACCGUGCCUUCAUGCGAUAUCACUGCCACAGAUUGUUUAAAGUAAGAAGGGACGUUUGGGCUGAACUAGGCAAUGGCCUUUUGCUAGUGGAACGCUACAGUAAACAUUUUCUCAUGCACUAUUGAUAGUAAGAAAUACUUUUCCAUCCAUCUUCUACCACUUUAUCCUCCACAUGAGGGUCACGUGGGGGUGCUGUGCUAAUAUCAGUUCGCCAGUCCAUCACAGGGCCACAUGGAGACAAAUAACCGUCCACUCUCACACUGUCCAAUUUACUUUGUCCAAUUUACCUGUUCUGUUCUCCCCACACACACGGGGAGAACAGAAAGAGAAGAUGUUGAUAUUUAAUAGUACAAGCACAAGUGUAAAUAAUCAUAAUAAUAAUAAUGCAUUUUAUUUGUAUGCGCCUUUUGAACACUCAAGGACACUUUACUGAGACAAAACAAUAAAACAACAGGACGACACAGUAAACCAAAAAUGGAAUAGUGAAUUUCAGUCUGGAUUUAAAGAGGGGAAGAGAGUCAGAGUUCUGGAUGGCGCUGAGGUGUGCGUAGGGCACAGUGGUGGAUGGAGGAGGCUUUGAAAGCAUACAGGAGGAUUCUGAAUUGCAUUCUGAAUUUAACCGGGAGCCAGUGUAGUUGUUGUAGGAUGGGGGGAUGUGGUGAAAUGAGGGGGUGCUGUGAUGAUGCGGGCAGCUGAAUUCUGGACCAGUUGAAGUUUAUGGAGGGAGGGGUAAGGGAAAUAUGCAUAGCGGGUAACGCUGUCAACUUUGGAUAAUGUAGAUUCAGCGCCAAUGAGGAGGAUUUCUGUUUUUAUCACUGUUUAAUUUGAGAAAAUUAGAGGUGAAUUAAUCAAAUGGCUACAUUUAACUGCUUCAUGCUCUUGGUAUUGUUCGUACUAGUUCACUGUCGUACAGGUUUACUGAAAUAGAAGAGUCUAUGAUUGACAUGUAUUGUAUGUGCGAUGUAGUGAUACACUAAAACAUAAAACCAUCGGUUUGGUCUUAAAAUGUUAAACUGUUUUUGCUCCAUGUAAAAUGAUGCUGCUCCUUCCGAAGGUCUUUAAAUAGACUGAUGUGUUGCUGAAAAUUUGAAAAAUGUGCUUUCAGAAAAUGAA